UAUACACUCACUAGGAAUAAGUUGAAAGGGAAGAUACCUCAAUUAAAAACUAACAUUUCCAAUCUAGAAUCGAGUUGUCACCUGAACUCGUGCUCCCACCAUCUACAUAUACCGAUCGGUUGAACAAUAUUUUCCACUCCACUUGCCGCAGCUGUAAAUUCUUCUUGUGUAUCUCUCUUUACUUUAUAAUCGCAUAACUUCCGGAGCGACAAUCAUGUCCACUGAAAUCAUUCAAGAUCCACCUCAUCUCCCUCCUCUACCAAGAUCAGCGUCGAAUCCUAAACCAAAAGGUAUCCUGAAGAACGCUGUUCCACUACCUGGUGCAGGACAACACCUACGCUGGGACGAGGAGAACAUACAGUCUACAGAGUUUCCCGAAGGGACGUUUACGAAGAUCACUGAACCCAAGACGCCUUAUGUUAGAUACAAUGCCGAAACAGAUGAGGUUGAAGGAGAUAUCCCGUCUCUAGAUCUUAACGGCCGAUAUGUCCCGAGCUCUCCUAUACUUUCCUCGUCACCAACAGGUGCCAACACUUCAGGUCCUUCAUCGCGUCGAACCUCCUUCUCAAGCACAGGUCGAUCAGGCUCUGUUCGCUCUAGCAGCGCACAAUCGAGUCGAGGCACUAGCUUUAAUCUACCUGAUGAAGCCAGAUCCGAUAUAAGGGCUACUGGUAACGGAGACUUGGGAGACGAAGUAGAGGUUGACGAAGAAAUGGACGAAGAGACUGCCAAGAAACACGCAGAAUUCGUUCGUGCUCGAGGAAGGCAUUAUUCUAAUGAGGCUGAAGCUAUGAAGAGAGCGGCUAGACUCAUGGCGGACGAAGACCAGGAAGAAAUUCCUGACCGCGAUGGUGAUGACGAUGAGAAGGCCUUAGAAGCGGCCACUGGGAAAGUCAGUAUCAACGGUGUUCAUUGAGAAUUGAAGAAUAGAUAUCUAGCGAAUAUUGGGACAUAUGUAGUACACGUUGUUUUCAGUAUCUUCCUUUCCCUGCUUGAAUCUUGUGCUUCCUGGGCUGAAUUAUAUCAAUCAAAUAUUAUAGCAGUACAGUUUGAAGUGCUUUACAAGUAUACACGGUUUCAAACUUUUUUUUGAGGCUGGUGUCCUGCCAGUACAUGCAUACACGGCCCUCUGUACAGUCGGGUAUUACAUUAAAAUAAUUGACCACGA